AUGUCCCCUUUCUCGGAUAUGAAUGAAACUAAAAAUUUUUUGUCUCCUGAUAUAUUAGAAGUUAUGUUACCCUAUUUGUCUCCAGAUGAUAUAAAAAAUUUAUCACUUACAAAUAAAUAUUAUAGUAAAUUAUUAGAUUACAAAGACUCUGAUACUUUAUGGCAUGCACUAUUUCAUAAAUCUUAUGGAUCAUUAUUGACUAACGAUGAACCCUUUAAAAAUAAAGAUAAUGAGACUUAUUUAACUUGUGAAGAACGAAUUAUAGUGAAUCAACAUCAAAAUAAACCUUGGCACAGUUUAUAUGAUAAAAGAUCAAAAUGUACUUCAUUAUAUACAUGGGGUUGUCUGAAACAUGCAAGGUUAGGUUAUACAGCUACCUCCAAUGAGGAAAACUUAUCGGAAGAACUUUUAAAUGGUAGUAUUUCCAGGUUUAAAUACGGAGUAAAUAGACCUACCAGAGUACCAUGGUUUACUUUAGAUAAUUCAAAUAUUGAUGAUAAAGAUAUUUUACAUAUAUGUGGUGGUGGAUUUUCGUUUCAGAUAUUAACACGUUCUGGAAAGAUAUUUUCCACGGGUGCUACUUUUACAGGUGGGCAUAAAGGGCCAGGUCCAAAAGAUGAUCAAUUAGAUUAUAAUCCUUUUAGAGAAGCUAUUCGCACAUUACAAAAUUCAUACCCAAGAGUGUCCAUAGGGGACACGACUAUCUUUUCUAACCCUAUUAGUACAACCGGUGUUCAUCAUGGCCCAACCCCUAUACCGUAUCCACAUUCCAUAGAAAGACAUGAUAUUGCUACUACACAUACUACUACUAACCCUACAACGAUACAUUCUACCAACACUAUACCAAGACCACAUGGAAAUAUAUAUAGAGAAAUAGAAGAGUUAGAGGAAAAAGCUACUCAACAAAUUCCUGGGAAUAACCAUAUAUCACGUAUGUUCACAAGAAAUUCUUUUGCAAUUUAUUCAGGAGUAGACAACGAUUUUCAUAUAGAUGAAGAGAAAUAUGGUAAAUUAAAAUUUAUUGCAUUAACUUCAGGUAGAAGUCAUUUUCUAGGAUUAACCUCAACAAAUGAAAUCUAUUCAUGGGAUAAUAAUGAAUCUAAUCAUGGUAUUAAAAUUGAAUUUGAUGGGCUCCCAUUAAACAAGGAUCACCCAGUUCUUAAGAUUGCAUCGGGCUGGGAUUUUAAUUGUGCCUAUAUUUACAAAAUCGGCCUUGUAUGUUGGAAAUAUCGUUCUGCAUUACAAAAAGGUGAUCUGUCAGCAAAUGCACAUUAUAAAAUAGUUCCUGGGACAGACUCCAUUCAGGGUGAUAGAAAACUUGUAGAUUUUACUUGUGUGGAGGAUAAUAUAAUAUAUUACGUUGAUAAUGAGGGAUUAACGUUAUGGAAGUAUGAUAAUGGACUGAUCACUUCUAUCGAAGUACCUAAUAUCAAAGAUAAAUUGCUGAAAUGUAAAUCAUGCUUUUCUAAAUUGAUCCUUUUCACAAAGGAUAAAUGUUACUCCAUUGAUAUGAAUCAUGGUAUGCUAGAUUUGACUACUUUGAAACAACUGAUACUAGAUGAUGCAGAGGAUCAUAUAAUAUCUUUAGCUGCUGGUGACUAUCAUGUAUUAGCUUUAACAGAGAAGGGGAAUAUAUAUUCAUGGGGCCUUGAGAGCCAAUUCAGUGGCUGUCUUGGUUUAGGGAAACCAGAAGAUAUUGUCAAUAAUCAACAGAUUGGUAGUUGGGAUAGUCCGAGAAAUGUUCGCGUAGUUAAACCUGUUAAAGUUCCACUUCCAGAAGGAAAAUACUGUGUAUCUAUUGCAGCUGGGGGAUGGCAAAGUGCGGCAUUAUUAGUGUCAAAGUAA